GUGGAGAAGCGCCUGGAGCUGGUGAAGCAAGUCUCCCACAGCACCCACAAGAAGCUGACGGCAUGUCUGCAGGGUCAACAAGGCGUGGAUGCUGACAAGCGCUCGAUGCUGCGGCUGUGCGGGGAGGCGGAGGAAAAACUGGCUCAGGAGCUCAUCCACUUCGAGCUGCAGGUGGAGAGGGACGUCAUCGAGCCCCUCUUCGUGCUGGCCGAGGUGGAAAUUCCAAAUAUCCAAAAGCAGAGGAAACACUUGGCGAAGCUCGUGCUGGACAUGGACUCCUCCAGGACGAGAUGGCAACAGUCUGCCAAGUCCUCGGGGCUGGCCAGCAACCUGCAGCCCUCCGAUGCUCUCAGGGAGGAGAUGGAGGAGGCAGCCAACAGAGUGGAGAUUUGCAGGGACCAGCUCUCAGCUGACAUGUACAAUUUUGUGGCCAAAGAAGUAGACUAUGCAAACUAUUUUCAAACACUGAUCGAGGUGCAGGCAGAGUACCAUCGGAAAUCCUUAGCGCUUUUGCAGAAUGUCCUGCCUCAAAUUAAAGCCCAGCAGGAGGCGUGGAUGGAGAAGCCCUCCUUCGGGAAACCCUUGGAGGAGCACCUGGCCGUCAGCGGGCGGGAGAUCGCCUUCCCUGUGGAGGCAUGCGUGACGAUGCUGCUGGAGUGCGGCAUGCAGGAGGAGGGUCUCUUCCGAGUGGCUCCCUCAGCCUCCAAGUUGAAGAAUCUCAAGGCCGCCCGGGACUGCUGCGUGGUGGACGUGCAGGAGUACUCGGCCGACCCGCACGCCAUCGCAGGAGCCCUCAAGUCCUACCUGCGAGAGCUGCCGGAGCCCCUCAUGACGUUCGAGCUGUACGAGGAGUGGAUCCAGGCCUCCAACAACUACAACAACAUCAGGUACCUAAUUAAAUUCCUGGCCAAGCUGACCGAAUACCAGGACACGAAUAAAAUGACGCCGAGCAACGUGGCCAUCGUGCUGGGGCCCAACCUCCUCUGGCCGCAGGCGGAUGGGAACAUGACGGAGAUGAUGACAACCGUCUCGCUGCAGAUUGUGGGCAUCAUCGAGCCGCUCAUCCAGCACGCCGACUGGUUCUUCCCCGGAG